AGUGCCUCCACGACACUGGCCGAGAACGAACUUGGAACCUCGAACCACACCUCUCCAACGCGAAUCCUUCGUGCUCUGUGAUUGAACUUUAACGAACUUUUUGUGGCAUUUUGUGACUGUGUUACUAAAACGUCUCUUUGGACAGAGCCGUACCUGCCUGUUUGAUCUCACAUCACUCGGUGAUCACUCGUCUUGGAUUAUGAGCUCCUGUCUGACGUACCGCCACAAGUUACGUUAGUGUGUCAAAAUGAGAUCACAUCACAAACAAGCAACUUUGUUUUGAUCGCCUACUCUGAGAUACAUCAUUGUCAUUGUCAUGGAUCCCAGACUCAUUAUUCUCCUUGGCGUAAGCGCCCAUUUAUGUAGUAUAGUUUUAGCUGCCGGACCAGUUUACGAUGGCGGAGCGCCUCAGCAGCCGAGCCCACCGCCCGCAGCCGGGCAGUACCUCACGCAGACAGUCUACGGCUUUCUGGACUUCACGACAACAAUAGGCAAUACUGUCAUGGUCUUCUCGCCUCAGUCUGCUCCGCCACCAGAACCACCAAGCACUGCAAAAUCGGUUCAAGAAAACAUAAUUGAAACCAAACCACCGCCGCCAUCCGUUACAAGUGUAAAACCUGAAGCUAUCAAUCCAAGUAAAAUAGCAGACAAAGACAAAACUAAUAAACCCACAGGUCCUCCUGCGGUUUCCAGCGCUGUAUCUGUAACUAACUUGAAAAAAGAAGACAAAGUACCCAGCAGUUCAAAAUCAGUCGCUAAAGAGCAGAUCAUAACGAAAGUUGAAGUUGUAGCUGGUCCGUCUAAAAUUAUAGAAAGUGCAGCGUCAAAACCGGCUCCCCAAAAGCCAAAAAGUUCUCAAUCUAACAAUAAAAAGUCGAAACCAGACGCUUCUAAAAACAAACCUGUUAUAUUAAGUAGCAAAGUUGAAGUAAAACAUGAUUCGCCACAUACAGCUGUAUAUAAAUCAAAGGUGAGCAGCGUCGUUGAAAUAAAAUCGGAUAACCCCGAGGAAGAACCGGCCGUUUUAAUCACAAACAAUAACAUUGGUGAACCGGAAUACGAUUUCCUAUCGCGCCAACCAUCAGAGUUUGUCGAAGAAACAUACAAGGUUAUCAAUUUAAGACCAUCCAAGGUCCCCAGUCAAAAGCCAAAGCAUGGUUCUAAACAUAGAGUGCACCAGCCAACUCCUCCUCCGGAUGAUGACGAGCAUCCACUUGGCCUCGUAACCACUCUCGGAGGGACUAUAGUUAAGAACGGAGUAACUACCGUACAUGAGACUAGCGUUAUUGGUACCUUUAUAUCCGGGAAAUACGCCCAAGUCUUAAACAGCAAUUCGAAAAUAUUACAAUCACCGGGUCAUAGAGCGAAAAUUUCUCCAAGUCCAACGCACAGAAUUCUGAAAACAGUCGGACCUUCAAUACCCAAAAAUCAUAAUAGACAUAAUUUAGAACCAACACCGUCAAUCAGCGAUGAAGAAACUAAUUUUGGUAAACCUCGAAGGCAAACAUCUAAUGGCAGCUCAUUUAAAAACAGACAUCGCCCUCAAAGCAAUUCCGAUAAUGAUAAUCAUGACGUUUCUCCAGCACCAAGCAAAAAAUACAAAAACCGUAAUUCAUCGCAUUCCCAACGAGUUCAAAGUGAAACUGCCACUCCGCCAUUCUCAAACAGAAGAAAUAGCAAUCGUAACUCCGGCCAUAAGACUAUCGUUACGCCUUCAAACAACGAUAAUCAAUCGAGACGUGGAUUUAAGCCUCGUGUGCAAGCCACACCAGUUGAACAAGUUACUCCAGUGGCAUCCACCAGCGUCUACAAAUUCAAACUUAAUCGUACACCAGGUUCAGGGCGUUGGCAAUACAAAACAAGCCCUAAACCGAAGGUUACAAUCAGAAAAAUGAACGGUGACGAUGAACAAACGACGCCCAACUCCAACCCACUCCUAGACGAUAUCAAUUCCAAUGAUGUAUCACCUCAAUCCAGAAUCGACAAUGAUCUUGAGUUGCAAGGCUCUCAAAACGGCGCAAGCUCUUUGCUAGAAAACGAUGCCGAUGAUAAUUCCAUAGAGAAACCUCCACCAGUAGAAACAUUAAAGGUUGAAAUAUCAACUCCUGCUGACUUUAAAGAUGUUUACUAUGAAAUUGCUACGAUCAAGUCUCCCUACACUUUCCAGGUUGGACGCGUUAAAAACACUCGUAUUAUUACCGUCACGUCUACAAUACAAAAACGUAUAGAACCAACUGCAGUUAUUAAUGCACCAAGCGCUCUGAACGAACCUUUGACAGAAAAUAUACUGGCCACGGCAUCUCCUUAUGGAAAAGAUCAUAAUUUAGAUUCAAGCAUAGCUACACUGCCUGCAAUAACAUUAUCUUCUGAUAUGGAAACUCCUCCAUUAGAAACUGUAACAGAAACUUUUAGCACUACACAGCACAUGCUAAAAACGCAUAUCUUACCAGUAGUAAAAGACGUCAAUUUAACGAGCAGUUUAACUUUUAUUCAAACCUAUCAAGUCACAAGAUUUGUUACAGCAACUAAAACACUGCCACCAAUGGACUACUUCCAGUUCAUACCCAGCAAAACUCUAAAGGAAUUCAACAGUCGCCUCGAUGAAGCUGGGUCGGAACUACACUUAGAAUUAGAUUUCGGAGACAGUAAUGAAGAUGAGGAAGGAGUUCCACGAAGAGUUUUCCCACCAGACCUAGAUCUAGCAAACAUUGGAUCUGAUUUCGAUCUUACUGAAGUAGACAAAUACAGGGUGCCAGAUAACCACCUGAGAUCAAAGAAGGCCCACGGGCAAAACAAGGGCAAUCACGUGACGGAAUCCCCAACACCCCCGACACCAGCCUUAACUCCAGAACAAGCACAACAGCUAGCUCUAUUGAGGCUACUCAACCCGGCAGCGGCUGCACAAAUCCCAACCGUGGUAACCACUUCCAAACCGAUCCUGACAUACGAGACGAUCUACGAGUCCCACGUGAUUCCGUUCUUCGACGGCAAAAACACUGUCCACAGCACAAUUUCCAGACCAGUAGCUACAGUUACGAAAACUGAAUACGAAAUCGGCACCAGCAGUCUUCCCGCUUUGCCCCUACAGCCACUUAACCCGUUAUUCCCUCAACAGUUUUCAGUAACUUCGACGCCGGUUGUCAUGAACACAGAAGUGACAGCGACAGAUAGCCAAGUUUUGAAACUGACUUUCGGCGCGAAGACUGUGUACACAACGUUGUACACGACUAAAGUUGUGCCGACGGUGUUGACGUCUUACGUAACUUCCUCGCUGCCUGUCCAGCCCAGCGCCGGCUACCCGGGAUAUUUCCCCGCACCGUUUGCACCUUUUCCAUACGUAGGAUAAAUACUUAAGUCUAAGGAAAGCUGUGUGUGAUUUUGGACGUGUUUAAAUCAUAGUGCAGAACUCUCAGUGCCAGUGAUUACAAUAACACGUAAGUUUUAUAAAACAGUACUUUAAGAGAGUGCGUCGUUGUUCGCAGUGCAUGUGAUAAACUAUAUUGCGAGUCGGUGAGCAGUAAACAGUGCAAAAGCAGCAGAAUGUUAAGAUUUAUGGCCUUCGUGGGAACACGAAAACUUUAAAGUUGUAUAUUUUCUUCUAAAGUUUCCCAGCAUAGAGCGACGCUGCGUUCUGCGUGGUAAAGAAAUAAUAAUGUUUUGAUUUUAGAAAUAAUACAGCUAUAAGCUAAAAACUCAUAUGAAUGGAUAUAUGGAUGUCAUUUUAGUUAUAUAUUUGCAUUGUAAAUAAUGGUAUUUAAUACUGAAAAUUUUGUACAUAAACCAUAAAUAUUUAGGUAUUUGUAAUUAAAUAGAAUUACUAAAAUUACAUUUGUAUGUAAUUAAAGCUAAAAGUUUGUACUUUUGUAUAUUUUUGUGUUAUUUUGCCUAUAGAAAUAAUUAAAUAAAUUAAACAUUAAUUCUAUAUUUUUAUUACUCACUUCCUAAAUAGUUACAGGGAGCAAAGUUGUAGUUUAAUUCGUCGUACCAAUAUUGACAUCCGGGCAAGCGAAAGAUCCCAAAGUUUAACCAGGAGUGUAACGAGUGGUUAAAAAAACGGAAUCUUGAGCGUUGCUAGGACAACAAGGCACUGAGGCUAAGAGGGGCUAAUUAAAUAGUAAUAUUGAAUUCUUACACGUUUUAAUCAAGGGCACAUGCCGUUGAAUAAUUUACACGGAAACUACACGAUAGUUAUUUGCAAAGGCAGACACCAACCAAAACCUUAAAAGGUUAAAGUUGGCUCGAUAAAAAAAAAACCAUUUAUUUUCAGUUGUAUAUCGUUACCCUGCAAAUAAAAAAUAUAUAGAAUUUUAGUCUAAGGUCUGUUUUUUUAUUCCGUAGACUAAAAUGACGUUUCAUAUAUGUAAGACAUGACAUUUCUUAGUACCACAUGAGUACUAAGAAAUGUCAUGUCUUACAUAUGAAACGUAGGAGUAGUAGUUAUAGAGAUAGUUUGAGUCUUGGGGAAGAACAUCCCCAAAAAUCAUCCCUUGAGGGUGUGAAAAGGGAAGUGGAAGUUUUGUAUAGGGAAUCAAUAAGUGCUGAACCGAUUUAGAUGUGCUUUAAAGAUAGUUUCAGUCCCGGCGAUGAACAUAGGAUGUUUUUUAUCCCAAAAAUUAUCCCUUAAAAGUGAAAAGGGGGGUAUAAGGUGGAAGUAAUGGAAGUUUCUACGGGGAAUCAAUAACCGCUGAAUCGAUUUAGAUGAAAUCUACGUCUACAUCUUUGAUUUAGUGGAAAAUGAAACCAAACUUUUUUUUUAUACUACGUCGGCGGCAAACAAGCUUCCAGCCCGCCUGAUGGCAAGCAGUCUCCGUAGCCCAUGUACGCCUGAAACUCCAGAGGAGUUACAUGCCCGUUGCCGACCCUAACAACCCUCCCUCCCCUCGUUGAGCUCUGGCAGCCUUACUCACCGGCAGGAACACAACACUAUAAGUAGGGUCUAGUGUUAUUUGGCUGCGGUUUUCUGUAAGGUGGAGGUACUUCCCUAGUUGGGAUCUGCUCUAGAUCUGAAAUGACAUCCGCUGUGCUUUGCCCUACCACACAAAGCAAGAUGACAUUCACAAUGCCCAUACCUCUCUUGUGGACGUAGUUUAAGGACGUACCCGGAUCCAACUUGACUUAGAACCUAAAUUUAAGGGCCCGUAGGUUCGUGUUAUUCUCUCACUCCACCUGAGCGUACGCGUGAGCGAUAUGAUGUGCAUUGUGCGUGCUCUAGAGCGCGGAAAAACAUUUUAUUUUUAUUUUUAUUUGUUGUAAGUUUUAAAAAAGAAGUUUUAAGUAAUCGCUGAGUUCCUUCAAACAUAAAUAAUUAAUAUGGAUUUCCGCAAAGUAACGGCCGAUUCUAUUCGUUAGUAAUUUUCAGUAUUGAUGAUAGUUUUCGAGCUAGAUUUGCUUAAGAUCUGGUAAGAAAGAGUUGGGUAAGUGGAUGAUUACAAUUUGACCAUUUCAAUUUUUUCUUGUUUCAUACUUUUUAGAGCGCAAUUUUCAAAAAUUGGGUCGUAAUAUUUGAGCUUAUCUUUUAGCUAUUCCUAUCUAAUUAAACUGUUAGUCCUCUUUAUUGCAUACCUUCACAGACAAUAUUGGCGCUUUUUAGGGUUCCGUACCAAAAAAGGUACAAAAGGAACCCUUAUGUUGCGACUGUCCGUCCAUCCGUCUGUCUGUCACGUCGCCAAAUUUGGAACAGUUAUGAACAAGCCUAACAUGAACGCGCUGAAAGUGUUUUUUUUUUAUUUACUGUGGUAAAUACUCAAUGUGAGAGGGGGCAAAAUUUCAAAGUCUAUUUACUCAGUCAAGUAGGUGGGGCAAGCUUAUAAAACAUUUUUUUUUGCACAAUCCAAAACAAUUUUGUUUAUCAGUUAAAAAUAUAUAUUUACGAAGGAAAUUGUAAAACAAAAAAAUUUUCGCGGAAGAGUAUCGAACAAAAAUUAUGAUUUUCAUAUAAUAUUAACAUUAUCAUAAAUUUUAAAGGAAAAAUGUACCUGCUAUCUUGAUAACUUAAUUAACAAUAAUAUUUCCAAAUUCAGUUUGCAAAUUAAAUUUGUAUGAGAUUACACUAAAGAUAAAUCGAAUAAAAGAAAAGUUGUAGAAAUCGGUUCACAUGAUAAAGAAUUAUCCCCGAAAACCCAACAUACGUACAUUCGUCGCGUAAAUUAGUUAGACAAUUUGCCGAUAGAUGACGCUGUACACACUUAGUAUACGUCUGGUCAAAAGUCUUUCGCCUUCAUAGUUACAUACUUACAUGAGAUAAUUGAAAGUUUGUACGGAUCCCUCGGUGCGCGAGUAAAACGAACUCGCACUUAAUCAGUUUUUAUACAAGUAAAAUACUUCGCCCUGAGCGAUACCACUCUAUUGCACCCUACACAUUUUAUAGCCCAGAUUCACACGUGUAACUAGUAGGUGGUAUACGCGUGGCGGACAAAACUACGAGUAAAUAAACAAAAUUGUCCUAUCACACUAAAUUGGUAAAGGAGCUAAUAUGUAUUGACCGCGAGUUAUUUUAUGUUCGUCUAGUAAGGGCUUGUGCAUAAAUCACGCGAGGUUUUUUCAGCUACUUUUUGACCCCUUCCUCCUUCCUUUGAGGUCCUUGGCGAA